CGCUGAAACAUUACUCGUGUUUUGAACUACAACUCCCAGAAUGCACGCGUCUGUUUACCUUUUACGUCAACCUUGAGCGACAAAAUAACCGUCCUCUCCGAGCAAGCAAACAAAAAAAACUCCUGGGACAAGUUGAAGGAAAGUGUUAUCGUAGUGUCUGUUAAACUGUGCCUGUUGAACUCUGACUAACACUACAUGGUGCUGAGCUGUGUGGCCUCUCUGCUCGUAACUUCAAACUAAAUAUACUCAAUGUUGCUCUUUCAAAUUUCGCGCUGUUUGCUCCGCCUGUGAAGAGAUUAGCUGGCUAGCCCGGUAACUAGCCAUGUUACUGUAAGCUGGGUCAGUAACUUUAACGCAAGUAACGUAAAAGGGGGAUAUUCUUCUGUUUUCCUCAAUUCAUUCCGAGUUUCUACCGACGUCUUUAAAAUGGAGGUGACGGACAUUGGAAACAAAGAAGAGGGGAAAGUCUGGCAUCGAAAACCAACAGCAGGCAAAGGAGUGUUAGUGACGGUGAUCCGCACUGCUCAGCAGGCCAAGACGGUGCGUUUCCUCCAUGUGGCCUUUGACACCACAGGAGACUCCUUCCUGGCUGGUGAUCACCAUGGCAACAUCUAUGUCUUUGACAUCAGUAGAAACAGAUUUCGUCUGGUGCAGAAGACAGGUCAGGCUUGCACUGCUCUGGCAUUCAGCCUCCGCAGGACCACAGAGUUCCUUGUGGCCCUGGCUGACUACACCAUCAAGUGCUUUGACAAAGACACAAAGCAGCUGGUCAGUUGGAUGCGGGGUCAUGAGGGAGCAGUUUCAUCCAUCUCUGUCCACAGCUCAGGUCGUUACGCCAUCAGCACGUCCUCAGACACGGCUCAGCUUUGGGACCUGGACUCCUUCCAGAGGAAGAGGAAGCUUAACAUCAGACAGUCUGUUGGCAUUCAGAGGGUGUUUUUUCUGCCUCUCAGUAACACCAUCCUCAGCUGUUUCAGUGAUGACUCCAUCUUUGCUUGGGAGAGCGACACACUGUUCUGCAAAUACCAGCUCCCUGUCCCCGACUGCGGACCUAAAAUCUCCUACAAGGCCUUUGCUGUCACACGUGAUGGUAAGAGCCUUGCUGCUGGUGGACGCUCCAACCUGCUGCACCUGUGGUGUCUGGAGAGCAAACAGCUGGUAAGGGUGAUUCAGAUGCCCACGCAGGUCCGAACCGUCCGACAGCUGGAAUUCCUGCCCGACAGCUUUGACGGAGGAGCCAGCCAGACCCUAGGCGUACUGAGCCAGGACGGCGUGAUGCGCUUCAUUAACAUUCACACCUGCAAACUGCUUUUCCACAUGGGUUCCCAUGACGACGCCAUCACCACAGUGGCAGUCAGCCCCAACGGCCGACAUGUAGUGGCCAUUAUGGAUAACGGCAGCAUCAAUGUGUACAGCGUUCAGAGUCUCACACAGGAAUUAAACAAGCCUCCUCCCUCCCGGGUAGCAGUAGUCUCUGGCGGUGAAGCUGAUCAGGAAUUGUCUAACCUAAAGGUCAAAGUUAGGUCGGAGGUCGUUCAGAGACCAGCCAAGAGCUCUGGUAGGCGGACACAGGUGAAGACACUUAGACCCCCUGCUGGGUCUACAGCGGAGGAUAAAGAGAAUGAACUACCUGCUGGUCUGAAUAAGAAGAGACUGGUGGCUCUGCUCAAGGCGUUUGGAGAAUAUCCUGCUAAGUACAGGAUGUUUGUAUGGCGGUCUUUGUUGUGUCUCCCAGAGAACCACGCGGCAUACAGUAGUCUGACUGAUAAAGGCCUGCAUUCAGCCUACCUCACUCUGCAUGAUAAAUACCCCAUCAAAAGUCACAAGCUACAGAGGGGAUUGCAGAGGGUUUUGUCUGCCUUAGCUCACUGGGCCGCCAUAUUUGGGGAGGUGGAGUACCUUCCCCUGAUAGCCUUCCCUUUCGUCAAGCUCUUCCAGAACAACCCAAUGCUCUGCUUCGAGGUGGUGGCCACAGUUAUAGUGAAUUGGUGUCAGCAUUGGUUCGAGUAUUUCCCCAACCCUCCUCUGAACAUCCUGAGCAUGGCAGAGAACGUUCUGGCUCAUCACGACAAGGAACUGCUGCAGCACCUGGUGGACUGUGGCAUCACCUCACAGCUCUAUGUGUGGCCCCUGCUGGAGACCUUGUUCUCAGAGGUUUUGACUCGUGAUGAGUGGCUCCGACUCUUUGACUCGAUCUUCUCCAACCAUCCAUCAUUCCUGCUCAUGGCCUGUGUGGCCUACAUCACCUGCUGCCGUGAGCCUCUGUUGCUUUGCUCCCAGAAACAGGACUUUGAGUAUUUCUUCCACCACCGGAACAACUUGGAUGUGGGAGCCAUGAUAAAGGAGGCCUACCGGCUAAUGGGCAACACACCAGCUGACCUCCAUCCAAGGACUAUGCUUUCUGACUUCACACCACUGACCAAAGGCCAGUACCCCGUGUUCAACCACUACCCAGAAUUCAUAGUGGAAUACCAGAGCCGGGAGAGGGAGAAGAUACGACUGCAGGAGAUGGAGUAUCUCCGCGAGAGGCAGGAGGUGUCAGCCCUGCGUGCAGAUUUUGUGCGUCGCCAAGCUGAAGAGGAGGCCUAUUAUGCACAACAGGAGCUGCUGCAGAAGGCCGAGGAACAGCGUAGAAACAUCCUGGCACAAGAAGAAGAAAAACUAACACAGCAGAGGGCGAAGUUGGGAGCCAUGAAGAGAGAGCUGAAGGUGAAGGAGUUACAGCUGCUGGACGCAACUAGAAGACGUUUCCUCAGUCACCAGCAGGACCUGAGAGCCACACAGAUCCAAGGGCUAGAUCAGGAGAUCAGCAGAAAGAUGGAUCUCAGAGAGAGAGAAACAGCUGCAGCAGUCCAGGAUUUAGAAGUCAGACAGAUGGAGCUGGAGGCUCAGAGGAGACGAUUUGAACAGCACCUGUUGAAGGAGCAGGAUCGUAUGGGACGGGAAGUUGAAGAGGAGGUAGAGAUGAGGAUGAGGAAGGCAGAAAGAGAGGAAGAGAGUUACACAGAGCUGCUACACAACACAGAAACAAACAUGCAGGCCCUAGAGGAGUCCCUGGCGGACGCGUGCCAGCUGGGCUUGGAGUCGGACUGGCAGAGAGAGGUGGCGGAGCGCCUGCAGCAGGUGGAUACUGAGCAGGAGAGGAAGAGGGAGAGACUGGCAGAGCUUCACAGGCAAACCCUGGCAGAGGAGGAGAGACUGGCUGACACCAUGAUAGAUGUGGCAGGAAAGAAGUGGGAUGAAGUGAUGAGUACCAGAGCCCAAUUACAGGAGCAGAGACAACCCCUGUCUUCAGACACAGAUGGGAUGAGACAGAGGAGGAUAAGGUCGCCGUGUCAGACCAGAGGCCUUCUUCAGAGACCCAGUGCCACCACUGCUGUUUCUGUUGGAACCAGUACUACCGGUCCAGCAGUCAGACCCAACUCUGCCACUUCCCUAAAGCAGGCAGGAACCAACAUGGUGUGUCUGAACAGCAGUUCACCUUCAGAGAGCACCUCCACCAACUUUUCCUUGGACCGAGGUCGGACCCAGCUAGACAGCAGCGAGAGAGAACUGCUGAAGGACAUCAGAGAACUGAGGCAGAAGCUGGCGGCCAGAGCCAGAGAGGGCAGCUCUGCCUCCUCACAGUCUGUCCAAACACUAUCCUCCGUGUCCCAGUGACCACAUCUCUGUCGUCAUAUUGUCAGAAAAACAUCUUCUUGUCUCAAGCGAGCUAGAACAACAGAAACAAUGACUCAGACUGAGGAGCAUACCGGCUAGCUGCUAUCUGUUCACCGCUUUCAUUAUACCUUACCUCCAUCUAAAACUACAUAUUAUUAAUGCAACCAGAAUCAACAAGUUAACUGUUUACCAUCAACCACAGUCUCAUGAAAACCCAUCUCUUCCAUCAAAACAGCAGCACUCUGACUGGUUCUCUGUAAGGAUAGAAACAGGUUCAUCUUCUGUGUUUUGUGCUGUGUAGCCUGUGUCAGUCCUACAGGAUCCAACUUUUUUUUAUUAUACCAUCUUCCAGUUAUUGUUCAGCUGUACACUAUAUAUAUUUUUAAAUGUUUGCACUGAUGCUCCAUUUUGAAUUUGUAUUUGAAUGAACUGUAUAUGAUUUGUCUUAUUUAAAACCAGUUUUAGAUAAAAUGUUUUUAAAAAAC